GCGAUUUUCCCGCGCGUAACAUUGAGGUUACCAUUUCGAAAAGUUCGUAUCCAGUUAUGAAGAUUAUUUGAGUUCGUCUCUUUCUUUAAUUAUAAGAUUAUAACACAAGAAAUGGGUGUGAUAAAGGCUUACUUGUUGUUGAUCACCAUCCAGCUGGUGUAUGUGAUCAGCGCUCAGGAGGUGGUGCGACGCGUACCACAAGGUUUCCUCGGUAUGCGCGGCAAAAAAUACUACGAAUACGGCGAAAAUGAAUAUUACAAACGCAAGCCCCAAUACUUCAUCGGUGUUAAAGGCAAGAAAAACUACGAAAUUUCAGAAGGUGAUGUCAAACGUGUUCCAAUGGGAUUCAUUGGCAUGAGAGGCAAGAAAGAGCACCUGUACCCUGAGUUCAUGGUCUUCCCCGAGAGCUACGGGAACAUUCCGAAGCAUUCAGGAUCGUUGAUUGGCCAGAUCGAUUAUUCAACUGACGAAAAUUUCAACCUAUCCGAAUAUCCAAUUUUAAACGAAUUCAUCAAAGAGUACAUACAAAAACUCCGAUCGAACCUAAACAACGAAGUUUCCACCGAGCCCAGUGAUAUUCCAGAUGAUUCAAGCUUCUCGAAUGAGGUGGAAAAACGGACGAACAUACACAAAUUCUUCGGCGUACGUGGGAAGAAAUCCGUGCAGGAAAAAAGACCAUAUGACGUAUCGUUUCGUGGGAAAUUCAUAGGCGUUCGCGGUAAGAAGGACAUGAAAAACAGUGGAGCGCAGGAGAUUAAGUUUUUGCUUAAUAGUCCAUGGCCUAAACGAAGGGGACAAACGGGUUUCUUGGGAAUGCGUGGCAAAAAGUGGACCGAUAGCGUUUUAAAUUCUGAACCCAACGGCGACAUGGCGAUGCCGAACUGAAUAUUCGAAGACAAACGUAUUAUUUAUCUCAAAAACUAGUGAAAUAAAACAUAUCGUAAGCGCGUAUUCUCCCGUUUAAGUUAUAUAAGGCUUAUACUAGCGUUGAACAGUUUCUAGGCUUUAGAAGCUUAUACCAUACUUAUAGGUUUUUAUAAUCUUAUUAAUAUUGUUUUUUUUAUUUAAUUUUAUUCUCGGCUUAGUCAUCUAUUACAACAAAUAUUAAAGUUUUAA